AUGCAGAAAUUCUGUGCCAUCAUUAAGACCUUGGACUCUUCCAACAAGGAGCUCUCCAUUGCCAUACGAGAAUAUGGGCUAUUUGCAGCUCCGUGUAAAGUGGUCUGCCCGCAGGACGUGGACUUAAUGUACACCGAGCUGAUUCAGCGCUGCAAGCAGAUGUACCUCACUGAGUCAGACCGGGAUGAUGACAACAUCUACCAGCUGCCCAGCUUCCUGGACUCCAUCGCCAGUGUCCUCGUACACCUGGACAAGAUCCCUGAGGUCUACACACCAGUUCUGGAGCGGCUUCUGGUGGUCCAGAUGGACAGCUUCCCCCAGUACAGCCAGCGGAUGCAGCACACCACCUGCCGAGCCAUCAUCAAGGUGCUCGUUGCCAUGGCAGCCAAGGGUCCAGUGCUGUGGAGCUUCAUCAGUUCUGUUGUGCACCAGGGAUUAAUCCGUGUUUGUUCAAAGCCAAUACCUCAACUAGAGGAUGGUGGCCCUUCUCAGGGUGGUCCCUCACAGGGAGAAGGUGGGGAGUCCUCCCAGAUGCACACAGGGAAAUGGAAAGUUCCAUCCUGCCGGGACUAUCUUGAUCUUUUCAGGGGAAUUCUAGAUUGUGCAAAUCUCACUCACACUGGGUUUUUGGAUGGAACCCUGGAGUCCCAAAACUCCAACCUGUCCUCCUUGAAUCGACUUUUGUACGAUGAGGUGGUGAAGUCCGUCAUAAAAGUCAUCGAGAAGCUGGAUCUCUCUGUGCAAAAACUCAACACGGAGGAGGCAGAGCAGGGUCAGACUGAUGGAGGCAGCGCCCUUGUGCCAUCAUCAGACCCUGCCGCCCAUCUCAUCCCCAACAGACCCAAAGACUUCACUGCCUUUAUCAACCUGGUGGACUUCAGCAGUGAGCUGCUGUCCCAGAAGAGGCUGGAGUAUUUUGAGCAGUGGGUGUACCCUCUGAGCCACGAGCUCAUCCUCCAGUCCAUCCGCUUCCCACUGGUCAGCGGUUUCUACCGCCUGCUCUCCCUCACCAUGACCAUCGCCAAGAAGAUCAAAUACUUCCAGGGUAUUAGCCCCAAGAGCUACAAAGCUAAAGAGGACAAGGACCCAGUUAAAUGUGCCUGCUUUGCUCUCGUGUCCAAGUUUGGAAAAGAGGUGUCAGUGCGUAUUAAGCAGUAUAAGGACGAGCUGCUAGCUGCCUGCCUGACAUUGGUCUUGUCGCUGCAUCAUGAAGUUGUGGCUCCUGACAUCAAGGCCUACAUCCCUGCCCUUCAGGCUGCUCUGCGUUUGGGUCUGAGCCACGCGCCCCUGGCCACGGCUGCGCUGGACGCGCUGGAGCUGUGGUCGUCGCACAUCCCGCGCGAGGCCAUGCAGCCGCACUACGGCGACAUCCUGCCACACCUGGACGGCUACUUGAAAACCGCCGCUGGGGACAAAGAGGACAGUGGUAUGGAGGUGAUGUGUCUGUCCUCUGGCACUGAGAAGGGUUAUGGGGGAGUGAUGAUGAGACUGCUGAAGAAGGCAAAGCACCUGCCUAUGGGAGAUGAGUCGCCCAUCGCGGUGGUCAGGAGGAGGGUCGUGCGACUCCUGGGCCACCUGCUACCACAAAUUACCUAUUUUCCAGUGGUGAGCGAGUCGUCUGGCCUGUUCGCCGCAGCCUGGCAGGGGGAGAGUUGCUCUGGCUACCUCACUGCAUCCCCUGCUUCCAGCUGCUCCUGA